GGUCUGCAAGGUCUACCGAGUUGGUAGGUUGACUAAACACUACCUAAACUUUCCUAACCUAGUCGGUCUUAUUUCUCGCUUCUCUGUCGAAAGAAGAAUCGCGGGAAACAGAGAAAGGCUAUCUAAACAAUUGAUCCUCUUAUCCCAGCAACCCCCGACUACGGCUAGCGGCAUAAGUAGUAUACCUGGUAUACCUGGUAUACGUACUUGGUCGGGUGGACUGGGUUACCUGGCUACUUGCGCAGUACCGAGUGGGAAGACGCGUCUCUUGUAUCCCUCGUACUCAACGUACUCAACGUAUCUUUCUUCCAACUCGAAUCAAUUCCGGCUUCAAGGUUACGAAGAACACAAACUAACUGUACGCGACCGAGCAGAAACCUCUAGUUUUUGAUUGCUCCUAUCGCGUCGUUUCGCAGCAGGAGUAAAAAUAAACAAAGUUCGAACGUUACGAUUAAAUUUAUGCACCACUUGAAGAACCAUCCGCAUACAUCAGCUCCAAUCAUGCAGCAAUGGCAGGUCGGCCCUGUGCCGGGGGACUACCUCUACGCACCGAACUCCACUCAGCAUCCGAAUGAUCCUAUGCACUCAAACCACCCCUACCAAAACGAGAUGUCACGGAGGAAUGAGUUCGCAGGUUAUACGCCACAACCUCCGAACCCUGGUGCUCAACCUCACCCCUCGCACGGUCAGCAGCACCACCAGCAGCUGCCUCAGCAUCAACAACAUCAAAAUCAGCCGCACCAGCAAUCUCAUGGUCCCCACUCUCAGCAUCCGCACCACCAGCCGCACCAGCCGUCGCAUCAGGCGCAACAGCACCAUGCGACUCCGGUGCCGCCUCCGAUGACAAUCCCGCAACAACCCGUCGCACCUUCCCAGCAGUCGACGCCUACCCCGGCUCCGGCACCUGCACCCCGCGGUCGUAAGCGCCCCGCGCCUCCACACCAGCAGGCUCACGGACAAGCCCACCAGCAGCCGCAUGCGCCCACCGCAAACCCGGCCACGCCCGUUCCGGCUGCCACCACUGUCGCAGCUCCUACCGCAAACACUCCCGCGCCUGCGCCGGCUCCUGUUCCAGUCUCGGCGCCGCCCCCGAUGCAGGUCACUCCCGUGGCUCCACCCGCUGUUCCGACUAAGGAGGAAAACAGCACUCCUUCAGUCCCUCCCCCUGCUAAGAAGAGCCGAACUAACACACCCUGGACCCCCGCCGAGGAGCUUCGACUCAAACAGAUGAGGGAUAACGGUAAUAGCUGGGCUGAGAUAGCCAAGACCUUCCCAACCCGAACCGAAGGCAGUGUAAAGAAGCAUUGGUACAAGGAUAUGCACUACGCCGAAUUCGCCGAAGAUGAGAGUCAGGCACUGCUCAACGCCAUCAAGGACUACGAGAACAACAAGUGGAAGACCAUUGGACAGAAAGUCGGCAAGCCAGCAAAGGCCUGCGAACAAUACGCUAAAGAGCAUUUCCCAGAAUUGUUCUCUACGCAAAAGGCUCUAUGAUGUUGCGUCAAGGCGAUCCCACUUGUCGGGGAAGGCAUCUCAUGCCCAACUUCGUAACCCCCCGAUUCCGUCAACGACGUGGGAUGGGAUGGAAUAUCCGACGUACGGUCGUAUCCCACCCAUCUCUCUUUCCAUAUUUACUUUUGUUUCGGUAUAUUGAGACGGCAAGGAACGGGUUUUUCUUAUUCAAAGCACGAUUCCCCCACGGGAGAAUGGUAGGGUUGUCAGAUUAGGUUAUUCGGGAGGGCAAAGAGUACUGUCUUUCUGUGCUUCGAAGGGGGAUAUUUCAUUGAGUGGGUCGUGGCAAGCAGGUUUCCAGGUCUCGAGAUGCUUUUUUCGAAGAAAACUCAUAAAAAUCCGGCUUUAAUGUAUGAUGAAAGAUCAGUCAGGCGCUCUUCUAGGUGGUCCGUAAUGCAGAAUUGCCGGACGGUAAAACCAGCUUAGUAGUCAUGCACGAUUUCUAGAUUGCUAGCGUAGCUAGCUUGUAAAAAUAUCAGCACAGUAGAUCCCUAAUAAGACGUAUGCGUAUCUUGGUGGUUA